AUGGUGGAACAAGCUGUGGUUAGAGAACACAUCAAAGCGAGAGUCAUGUCGUUAGUGAGGUCGGCAGAGCCAUCCUCUGCAGCGUAUAGGAACCCGAAGCUUUACACCUUGAACGAGAAUGGUUACAACAAUGGUGGCACUUCUGCCGAAAUCUUUGAUCCAGACAGGUCCAAGAACACUUGUCUGACCGAUGAUUCUUACCCGAGCCAGAGUUACGAGAAGUACUUUCUCGACUCGCCAACAGACGAGUUUGUACAGCAGCCUAUUGCCUCGGGCGCCUCCGUUAGCUCAUUGGGAUCCUUGGACUCGUUUCCUUAUCAGUCAAGACCGGUUCUUGGCUGCUCCAUGGAGUUUCAGCUGCCGUUUGAUUCAACCUCUACUUCAUCCACGAGGCUGUUCGGAGGUUACCAAGCGGGGACUCAAAGUCCGAGCAUGGAUGUGGUUGAGGCGUUUGAUAACGAGCAAAUGAGAUCAAAGAUCCAAGAGCUUGAAAGAGCGCUUCUAGGCGACGAAGAUGAUCAAAUGACCGGAAUGGAUCAACUGAUGGAGAUCGACAACGAAUGGUCUUACCAAAACGAAAGAGAGCAGCAUCAGGACUCGCCUAAAGAAUCGUCAUCCGCAGAUUCCAACUCUCACGUAAGUAGCAAAGAAGUGGUUUCGCAAAGCACUCCGAAGCAAAUCUUGAUAUCUUGCGCUCGUGCGCUAUCCGAAGGAAAGGCAGAGGAAGCUUUGUCGAUGGUAAACGAGCUGAGGCAGAUCGUUUCGAUCCAAGGAGACCCUUCUCAGAGAAUCGCAGCUUACAUGGUGGAAGGUCUAGCUGCAAGAAUGGCUGCUUCAGGGAAGUUUCUCUACAGGGCGUUGAAAUGCAAAGAGCCUCCUUCGGAUGAGAGGCUAGCAGCAAUGCAGGUUCUCUUUGAGGUGUGCCCUUGUUUCAAGUUCGGGUUUUUAGCAGCUAACGGUGCAAUCAUCGAAGCAAUCAGAGGUGUAGAGGAAGUUCACAUAAUCGAUUUCGAUAUAAACCAAGGGAACCAGUACAUGACACUGAUACGAACCGUUGCUGAGCUACCUGGUAAGCGACCUCGCCUGAGGUUAACCGGAAUUGAUGACCCUGAAUCUGUACAACGCUCGAUCGGAGGGUUAAGAAUCAUCGGUUUAAGACUCGAGCAGCUCGCGGAGGAUCAUGGAGUAUCUUUCAAAUUCAAAGCAGUGCCUUCAAAGACUUCCAUCGUCUCUCCAUCCACACUCGGUUGCAAACCGGGAGAAACCUUGAUUGUGAACUUUGCGUUCCAGCUUCACCACAUGCCUGACGAGAGCGUCACAACGGUAAACCAGCGCGACGAGCUGCUCCACAUGGUGAAAAGCUUGAACCCGAAGCUCGUCACAGUCGUUGAACAAGACGUGAACACAAACACUUCCCCGUUCUUCUCAAGAUUCAUCGAGGCUUACGAGUACUACUCGGCGGUUUUCGAGUCUCUAGACAUGACACUUCCUAGGGAAAGCCAAGAGAGGAUGAAUGUGGAAAGACAGUGUCUUGCUAGAGACAUUGUCAACAUUGUUGCUUGCGAAGGAGAAGAACGGAUUGAGAGAUACGAGGUCGCUGGGAAAUGGAGAGCGAGGAUGACGAUGGCUGGAUUCAGUCCAAGACCAAUGAGCUCGAGAGUGACAAGCAAUAUACAGAAUCUCAUAAAGCAGCAGUAUUGUAAUAAGUACAAGCUUAAAGAGGAAAUGGGUGAGCUCCAUUUUUGCUGGGAGGAGAAAAGCUUAAUCGUUGCUUCAGCUUGGAGGUAA